AGCCAACACGUUUAUUUCAAAACGUGGUUGUUUUAUGAGUAAACUUUCGUUGGGAAAAGUUAUAGUGCUCGGAAGAACAAGUAUAUUUUUUUUAAGUUUGUGAAAUUUGUGUCAAAAUACGUUACUUUCGUUGCAGUUUGUUCUGUGUGGAGAAUUUAAAUAAAAGAGUCAUCUGCUGGUAUUGGAUAACUUAGCAAGGGAGAAUGAAGAUAUCCUUUUGGCUCUAAACCCUUCCCCUUGAAUCAAAGUUCAAAGAUAAAAUGAUUAGAAUUAAUGAACUUCCGAUGGAUUUGGAAGAAAAUCGAUUUACUUAAUCGAUAAUGUGAAGGGACGGAUGUAAAAACACUUGCUUCAGAUUUAAAGAGAGGGUAGCUUUCCGGAGCAUUGGUAUGAACGAGCCACAUGGUGUAGCAAGGAGUCGACUUUGAAUCGAAUGAUAGCUUGGGAAAGAAAGCAGUUGCUUUAGUUUUCUAAGUAAUGAUGCCAAGUUUAUGGAUAAUUUGUCAUGCAGCUUUGCUAGUUACUAAGAUAGUAUGCAGUGCUGAUACAGUUAUAGAAAUUGAUGAAGAUCUAAGACGACCUAUUUGGAAUGUAGCUCAUAUGGUAAACGCUCUAUAUCAGGCAGAUUACUACUUAGACAUGGGAGCCAACGCUUUAGAAUUUGACAUCGCAUUUGAUUGGGAAGGAACAGCUAAGUAUACUUUCCAUGGCAUACCUUGCGACUGCUUCAGAAGCUGCAUUAGAUACGAACAUUUCAUCACCUACAUCGAUUACAUGAGGAAGCUAACUACACCUGGUCAUCCACAGUAUAAUCGGAAUUUAAUUUUAUUAUUCAUGGACCUAAAACUAAAAGGGCUAUCACCAGCCGCAAAAGCACGAGCGGGAGAAGAUAUUGCUAAAAAGUUGCUGGAUUACUACUGGAUCCAAGGAACUUCUGGUGCCAGAGCAUAUAUUUUAAUUUCAAUACCAUCAAUCAGUCACAUCGACUUUCUUAGGAGUUUUCGACGAGCCAUGGCAAAAGUAGAAAACGCAUCUUUCUACGAUGAUAAAAUAGGUUUCGACUUUUCCGGCAUCGAAGAAUUAAACAGCAUUCGCAAUGUAUAUGAAGACUUGUCUAUAACUAGUCACAUCUGGCAAGGAGAUGGAAUAACCAAUUGUCUUCCAAGAGGAAUAGCGAGAUUGAGAGAUGCGUUGUUCAGAAGAGAUCAGCCAGGCCUAACGUAUAUAGAAAAAGUAUAUUGGUGGACUGUAGAUAAAAUGUCUACUAUGAGAACUACUUUGAGGUUAGGUGUUGAUGGAAUGAUUACAAAUUAUCCAGAUCGCUUGGUAAGCGUUUUAGAAGAAGAUGAAUUCGCUGGAAAACUGAGAUUAGCCACUUAUGAAGAUGUCCCUUGGUCUAAAUACUCCAGACGUACAGAAGAUCUCAUUACUGGUAGCCAUCAAGCUCGGGGUGGGAAUUUAACUCAUGAAGAUUUCAUGCGAGAGGAUGACGACGAGUUGUUGUACAAUUGUGAAUGAUUUUUUGCUUCACUCCUUUUAUCAUCUCUCUGACAACAUUAUCAAACAUUUGGUCUCGGAAUUUCUUCAGACUGAAUGUUUCACAUGGUUUCAUUCAUUUAAGAGAGAAAUUGAAAUUCAGCUGGCCCCGAUGAGGGAACUAAUUUAAAGCAUUUAGUUGCUUCGAUACAACGUAGUCCUUUGUUAUUCUUAGGGAUAAAACCCCUAAAAGAGGACAGGCCGACUUAACCGACAUUUUGGCUCCGAAGCGGUUUUGGACCCACCCUGUUUCCAGUAUUUAUAAAUGCGUUAUAACAUUUACUGGUUGCUAUGUCGUAAAACAAUUAAUGUGCAGUUAAGUAAAAUGUCACUUAACGUCAAUCUAAAAUGAUAACAAUUCACAAAUUCAACAAAAAUGUUUCGGGAAAUGUUUCCUAUAAUGAAUGUGACUUCCACACCUAAUUUGUUUUCUAACUUGUAUUAAUUAAAUCUUUUUAUUUAUAGAAAAAAAUAAGCAGACAUCAGUCAGGCAACUCAGCUAAAGCUGGGCACCAGUUUUCUGCAACGUGGCUUUUUUUUUAUAUAAAAACUAAUUUUGUGCCCCUGCAAUUUUGGAAUCAAAAUGUCGGAUUUGUCAGCUCCCUUUAUAUAGUGGUCUUAGGAGAAAAGCGUGAAGUACGAAAGAAGGGCCGUGUUGAAAUUCGGAAAGUAUUCAGUUACAGUGUUUUUAAGGCAAGUAAACACUACUGUUUGUUUCAUUUUGUGAUGCAAAACUGUACUUUUAAUAAAGAAUAGAGUACGGUUUACACAACAAUUCCUCCAAUGUUUUCUUUUUUUAAAACUCAUCUAAAAUAAAGUACU